UUAAUUUUUUUAAUGUAUGCGCGCCAACAAAUGCAACCUCGUUGAAGUAAUUCCGCUUCCCUUUCACUCAGUAUUAUCAUAUAAAAGCAGACUCGACAAUAUUAGUGGCAUUACUUCAUCAGUCUCACCAAUUUCCAUACAACAACAGAAUGGAUCUUACAAAACUAAAUGAACGGUCACUUUUAGCUUUCAAACCAACAAAGUCGAUAAAAGAUUUGGAGAUUGGAAGAAAAUAUUCAAUCUCUAAAAUUAAAAAAGUGACAACAAAGUAUGGGGAAAGCUUGGUAGCAGAGUUGGAUGAGUAUCAGGUGUUCCUACCCAAUCGACUCAUGGGAGAAAUAGGAGAUCAUUUAGAUGAAUUUGAAGAUAACCGAUACAGCAUAGUCAGCCACGGUGAGAAAAGCAAUGAUACAUUAAAUUUUUCAAAAACUGUUGCCAUAGAAUUCCUUAAAAAUAUAUAAUUUAAGGUGAUAAAUAUGGAUAAUUUAAGUGACGAUAUAGUAAAAAUUGUUGGAAAAAUUUUUUUAAAUUUAAGUCGUUCAAAAAAUGUGAAAAAUGAAACUUUGUUAAAAUAUAUAUCAUAUUGUAACGAGAAUAUUAGGUCGAUGAAUAAUGCUCUUUUAAACGUUGAAAGUAAUAUAUCACUUAAAACUAAACUUCAAACAAACAUUGGUCAUUUGAGAAAAUACAGACAGUUGUUAAGAUCUCUUGAUAAUAUUUAUCUGGGCGGUGGUUUAUCUGAAAAUAAAAAAUUAAAAUUAACACCAAAACGAAGCCAACGAAUUCGGUGGGAAGAUGGAAAAUCUGCAUUUUCAAGUAGAAUUCGAAGCGGUUUAGUAAUAAAUAUUCUUCAUACCGAUCCAUUGGAAUUUUUAAAGGAUUCAUUUUUUUUAUUUAAACCCAGAAUUUUAAAUGAAUUAAAAAAGGAUCCAACAGUUAAAGUCAAUGCGGUGUUGUGUUGUGAAUUUAUUAAAGAAAGUGUUGAUGAGGAUAAGCAAGUUAGACAAUUUAAAUAUUUUAAUACGAAAAAUAAUUUAAUUGAUUUAGGUACGGAUUUGUGGCAAUGGUAUCGAGAUAAUAUUAGUGACAAAAUAAUGAACAAGUUAACGGAAUUUCAUGAGGGGCAAAGUGGCUGGGCACUCAACCGCAUUGAAAGCCUAGAAAUUAACAUUAAUAAAUAUGAAUUUUCUAAUGGAGGUACAUCAUAUAUUGAACUUCCGCAAGAAAUUAAAUUGAAAAGAGCCGUGAUAAAUAUCAAAAAUACCGAUCAGUUCUGUUUUGCCUAUGCUGUUGUAAGUUGUCUGCAUCCCGCACAAAAAAAUCCGGAUCGUAUUAGUUCAUAUCCCGACUUUCAUACUGUAUUGAAUUUUACAGGAAUAAAUUUUCCUGUGACCAUAGAACAAAUACCGAAAUUUGAAAAAUUAAAUAAUAUUUCCAUUAAUGUUUACAUAUUAAAAUUAAAUGGGAAAAUUUAUUCCGUUGUUCCCGCGUACAUUUCAAAGGAAAAAUUACCGACGCAUGUAAAUUUGCUUAUGAUUCAAAACAAAUAUUACUCAGAUAAUGACGUUAAUUAUGCGAAAAAUCAAAAAAAUUUUGAAAUCAAAUUUCAUUUUACCUGGAUUAAAUAUCUUUCGAGAUUGCUUUCGAAUCAGCUUACAGGAAAUGGCCAUGCAAUAUUUAUUUGUGAUAGAUGUUUAAAUUACUUUCGACAUCAAGCACAGUUAGAUAAACAUGAAGUGGAAUGUGCGCGAGUUAAUACAUGUAAAAUUUCGUUCCCAGAAGACAAAUAUUUAUUUUUCAAAAAUUUUAAAUAUAAGGAACCUGCUCCUUUCAUUGUUUAUUGCGAAUUUGAAACUUUACUAAAACCGUUUGAUGAUAUUAGCGGUAGUAAAACGGAGAGAUAUCAAAAGCAUGAAGCAUUUGCCGUGGGUUAUUAUUUCAAUUGUAGUUAUGAUAAAAGUCUGUCUCACUAUAAAAGUUAUGUAGGAUUAGACUGCGUGCAGUGGUUUGUAAGGGAACUAGAAAAUAUUGGUAAAUUUGUGGAUGAAAAAUUAAAUUUGGUAGUUCCCAUAGAAGCUUAA